AUUUUAUUUCACGUGAUUUGUAAGCCAGGAUUCUAGAAAAACACUUGAUUCACGCUAUGAUGUAUCACGCAGACGGCAGCAAAAUUUACCCAAGGCGAACUAGAUCACGACGAACUACUGGCCCCAGGCUUAAUACUACAAGUCAUAUAAAUAAAGAGCAACUCAAACAACUACAAGAAGCAUUUAAUCUCAUCGACCAAGACCGCGAUGGCGUUAUAAGCAAGGACGACCUCCAGACAAUUCUAAUUUCGCUCGGUCAAAAACCCACUGACAAGGAAGUUAGAGAAAUGCUGAAUGAGGUGCCCGGAAGUGUGGAUUUUGCUCGAUUUUCGUCCAUGUUUGCCUCCAGAAUGGGCACCGCAGAUCCUGAAGAUUUGAUACUAAAUGCUUUCAGGUGUUUUGACGAGGACUGCGAUGGAGUUAUAGAUCUGGAUGAGUUCAAAGAGUCAUUAAUGACCACGGGUCUAAGGCUGACAGAGCAACAGGUAAAGUAUGCGGUGUCGCUUGUAUAAAAUUGGUGUGAUUUUUAUGAACCUACAAUAUCUUGGACAAAAUAGAUGGAACAUUUAGACCCCACUCCUCCCAAAUCAAAGUUGGCAAAAUAAAGCGUUUUGGUUUUCGCGAGGCUUCAUCCUUGAUUAUUUCGGGGUGAUGAGGGUUUGCUCCAAGCAGUAGAUUUCCGCCGCUUUCUCGGUCCUCCCUGGGAUAAGAGCUAAGGGACCGGUCAUUAUUUAUCGCCGGGGGGGGUUUGGGGCUAAACAAGGUGAAAUUUAGCCGAUCCCCCCUUUGAAUGUUACUUAACUGAAGUGGUCCCCCCUAAUAACAUAAGAUGACUUUCGCGAUCCCUCCCACGUCUUCAUUUUCCAUGUAGGCAAAUUUGAUUGGUCCCCCCUCUGAAUCCUUCUAAAGUUUUCAGUGAUCCCCCCUUUUGGGUUCUCGGUUACGACUGAACCCCCUUUUGUUCUCCUAAAAAUCAAGUGAUCCCCCCAAAAUCCUCGCCCCCGUCCCCCAUUGCCAGGCGAUAAAUAAUGACCGGUGCCUAAGGCUCAUUGGUAGUCCAGCCUACUCUCCUCGCCAAAAGUCGUUGAAACCCCUAUACACUUCCCUUUCCCUCAGCAAUGUUGAUGUGAUUGCAAAGUUACGUGUCCACAACAACAUUGCAAAAGGGAGGGGGGAAAGAAGAAAGAGCGAGGGAAAUUUUCCAAAGUGUUUCAAGGUUUUUGUCAAAGAUUGUAAGUUUGCUGCGGCUCCAUUCAGUUUUCUAAUCAUGUCCAAGAUUGUAGCUUUAGAACUAACUACCCUCUGAAAUGUACGACCAUUGACAGAUUGAAGAGAAGAUAAUCUUUCUGUAAAAGUUGAACGAAAGUGCUUUCAGCUAGUUUACAAACACUACUAAAAUGCGCAUGUCAGUAAAUCAACGACGACCCUCGAAUUGCCUUGGAUGUUGGACUGCCGAGUGUAGAUGCUCUUCAGAUUAAAGUUCGAUUUUGUUCAGACACUCGGACACACUGCACCUGAUCAGAGCAGUUGCUUUCAGAUGAGCAAUGCUCCUCUAAUCAGCAGAUAUUUUUACUUCAGGUUGAUGAGGUUUUCCUUCAUGGAACGUUAACUGAUGAGCAUGGCAGAUUUAAAUGCGAAGACGUCGUGAAACUGCUAAAAUAUGGAGAAGGAAACUGUAGGGACGGAAGCUAAACUUUAAUUUAUCUUAAUUGUUCCUAGUUUGUCAAUUUUUUUCUUUAACCUGUUAACUGAACAGAAGGUGGUCGUCCUGGUUAUGAUCUAACAAACAUAAUGGUAACCACUUGGUAGAUACUAAUAGGAAUUAAAUUACUUUUCAACUUUCUUUAUGCAUUUACCAUUUAAACCUAUCCGGCAAAGGUAGAUCGUUGUCUGGAGAAACUUAAUAUACAGAAAUGAAAGCCAGAUGACCAUUUUAAACGCCACAUUUGAUCCGUUUGUAGGAACACUGACAACAACGGAUUAUGGCUUCGUACACUUCCCGGGGGGGGGGGGGGGGGACUUGGGGGGGGGGGGGGGUACUUCGGGAAUUUCUGGGUGGGGAUGUGCCGCUGGGACCCUAGAACCCUUAACCUAUACCAGGGCUAGUUCAGCUGAAUUUUGCUACCCUAUACUAGAGUAAACUCCCCAAAUCCCCCCUAUCCUAGAGUAGCUGUUUGCCUAGUCUAGAUAAAAUCUUCAACCAACUGAUCAUUUUCCUGAAAAAUGAUACCCUAUUCUAGACCAAAACACUCUGAUUUAUAUACCCUAUCCUAGAGUAAAGUGCUAGCCAAUAUAUGGCAGUACCCCCCCCCCGUCCACUCCUCCUCAACACCUCGAAUUUCUCGACAAUGCUUGCAUGAAAAUACAAAAUAUGGGGUUCAAAACCUCCAAA